GUUUAGUGAUUUCUGCUCGCUUCAUCAAGUGUCUCCAAAGGGUUUCGAUCCAAUUUUGAACAUUCGGGAAGGGAAGUUGUGUGUGUCCAAAAUAUAGACCAGUCAGUCGGAGGGGCUCUGCAAAUUGUACAAAGGGGGCACUUAGCCAAAACGGACCCCACCAGGUCUGAGUUGGGGCAGCUUGGCGUCGUGGGCACUUGGAAGGAACACUUUCAUUUUCGUUCGACCAGUCGCCGCGUGCGGAGUGCCAUCAGACGUCUGAGAAAAGGAAGAGAGCGAUUUUGGUGCACAUUUCGUUGCCUCGUGCUGCAACAAGUGAAAUUUCGAUCAUUUUUUGGGAAGAAAAGUGCUGCAGGAAGUGAGGCUCCCAAAGCCUACAAUAUCAGGGAGCAGUAGAAGCAAAUAGAAAAGCGUUUCCUGAAUCGAAGUGAUACUGUCGUCGACUUACUGUGAAAAAAAGUGUUAAGUUCUCAUCAGAAUUCCGAAGCGGAAAUCAAAAAGUGCCCCCAAGUGAUGCUAAAUAAGCUCGAAAUUGCUAUAACGACUGCUCAGUAAAGCUGCUAACUCAAUUGUUAGCUUCCCGGUGAGAGUAAUUAAUCACUUGCUUCACCCGGAAUUCCCAAAGUGUAGAAGUGGACUUUGCAUUGCGAGCGGGCAGUAACUGAAUUAGCCCAGAGGAACAACCCUUUUACGAAAACCGGAACAAGCAGAUCCCAUUUUUGCUUCACUGUCUGAUUCAGCAGCAGCUGACGUUGGCGCACAAAAAGAUGAAGGUGUGGGUAUUCCUGAUAUUGGCGCUAAUGCCAUUGCUGGUCUCAGCCAAGCCUGCGUCUACCGGUGAAAUAAUCGUCAGCAAAUCAGCAGCAGAGCCCGCCACCAACUCGGCGAACCCAGAUGACAUCGAUCGGGCAGACCGGGCCAAACGUUCCGGGUUCAGUCUCGUUUCCGGUUUAAAAAAUACACUUCUAUCAGGUAUCGGCCAGGCUUCGGCCUCUUUGGCGGCCAGCAGCAGUGGUUCCGCUUCUUCCUCUCUUGCAAUGCACUCUUCCAGUGGGUUGUUGUCCGGUAGUAUUGGCGGUAGUUCUGGCACCAGUAGCGGACAUUCCAGUGGCGGACAUUCCUACGAGAAACCUCACGAGGAACCACAUCAUUUCGACGGAUGGGGCCUCAAGAAGUCCAUCCUCAACACCCUGUUCCAGGCGGUUAAAGCCAUCACCGGUGGAGUGACCGUGCUCAAGGGUCAGCUGAUCAAGGGCUCCGGAUAUGCCGUCAGCGGCAUCGGAAAGGUAAUUGCCGCCGGUGGAGAUGCCGUGUCCAAUGUUGGCAAAAAGAUCACCACAUCCGCCCAUCUCGUUCCGCACUCGUCGCACUCCCACGCCCACAUAUCGCCGUUCGCCAAGCUGAGUUCCGGUUCGGCUGGAAUUGUCAGCGGGGCCUCGUCGUCGUCGGCUGGACUUUCGUCCUCAUCGUCUGGUCACCACCAUACCGCACCCUCAAGCGAGAGUUUCACUAGCUACGAAUUCCCACAUGAUUCGCACGGCCCAUCGAUCAGUGUGCCGGCCAGCCAUGCCUACAUUCCCCCAAAGCCAUCGUCACACUACAAAAAUGCGUUGACAUCUUACGGUACUGAAAUCGAGUCUGAUGUCUUCCCAACAGCGUCCCAUUUCCUACCGACUCCGAGCAAAGCGAACGUCGUGGAAGCAUCAGACGUACUGAGGCAAAUACUGAACCAGAAAAUAUCACCACAAAUGACCUCGACCGGGUACAGCUAUCAUCCAUCGAUGGGGUCGAUAAAAUACGAUAAGAAGAAGAUCGUGUCCCAGUAUGUGAUCCCUAACGAUCCCUUCCCUCCACCAUUCAAACCCCUCAAGAACAACAACAACUACCUUCCUCCACUCUACGGACUUCCCCAUGGACCGGUUGAGUCUGUGACCCACACCCACUCCUUGUCGACCUCGUUCGGAUCACCUUCCUACAAGUCCCACUUCGAAGCGGACGAGGUGGAGUCCUCCUACCCACCCUCCUUUGACAUCUACCAAGCGAUGAGCUCUAAGCUGGCCGGUAAGAAAGAAACUUCCGAUUCUCACUCCCAAAACCCCGAGCCCCGUUUCAAAGGUCCUCUGAGCACCAUCUCCACGCACCCUGAAACUUCUUCCGUCAGUCGGUAUCUGUCCCCACCGAAGACGACCGCCCUAACGGUCAGCCAAAACCACCUACGACACCACGAAGAUGACGAUGACCAUUUGGUGCACGAACAGCAACUCCAUGACCUUAGCGAAAACCUUGGACCCAACAUCGAGGUUCAGAAAUCGUUGACCUACGAGUUUGCAACCCCGGAGGAGGUGAUCCAGCUGGGUUCGUUGGAACAUGACUUGAACCGACGACGAUCGGACAGUGACGUCAAGAUCUCCGACUCCUACUCGCGAAGCGAAAAGCAGACAGACCAGAAACAGACCUCCUCAACUACAAGUACUAAGUCAACGGACACGAACAACAAGACGUAAUAGGUCGAGACCUUGAGUGAAUCCAGACCCCGUGUACCGAAUCGAUGCCAAUAACGUAAUCAUUCACUAGAUCGGUCAGUUUCGACGAGGACGAGACUUGAACUAUUGAGAGUUGAACAGUCUCCCCAGUAGUGAAUGUCAGCAAUCCAAGAUAGUAGCUUCGCCAAAAUAGUUGUAGUGUAAGAUGGCUGGCGGUCCAGUAUUCCAGUCGAGUGAAAAGCUGGUGAAACUUCAACAGGCGCAACAUCGAAAAUGCUGAUCUGACAACAAAAUACUCAUCGAAAGUUUAGAAAAAAAAUCGCUAAGAAAUUAUCCAUCUAUUUUCUUCACCAAACAAUGUUAGGAAAGCUCUUGCCCAUUUAUUUAUUUGUCAUUCAGUAUAGAAAAAAAGACACCAAACGCAUUACUUCAGAACGACUAAUUUUUGAUAGGUAUGUUAUUUUUAUUUGUCGUUUAAAUUUCUGUUAGAAACAAAAAAAAAUGAUAUGAAGUGAAAAUAGUUGAUCAGUAAAACGAGUUGGAAAAGUCUAAAAUAUGUGUCAAUUGAAGCUAGAUUUUUUAAUAUUAACACAAUCAAUUGGAACCUCAGAAAAACAUGUACGAUUUCAUGACCCAGUUCUUUAAGAUACCCUAUUUGCUAGAAGCAGUCAUUUUGUCUUAGUACAUAGUUAACUGAACUGCACUAUACAUUUAAUACUUAUUCGUUAACUAGAUUUUGUUUUACCUUUGUGUUGUAAAUCGGAUGGUUAAGCGUUAUAGGAAAACUAUCAUUAUAUUUAUCUGUAAUCGUACUCUCUAAGAUCAUUCCAUACGUCCCAUUGAAAUCCAUCAAAAAUCAACUUUCAUCACAACCCAUAGCACAAGAUUACCAUCAAAUGGUUACCAUUUAUCAUUCGAGGUGCUAGUUUCUGAGAGAAAAAUAAUCAAAUCAGACACCACUAGCCGCGUCAUUUGUGUAGAACGUUUUCUUUUUUCUAUCAUUGUAUUUAUUUUUCUCUUUUGUAAGUGACUAUUUUAGAAGGAAACAAAUAAAACUGUUUU